AUGAGCAAGCCCGCCGGAUCAACAAGCCGUAUUUUAGAUAUCCCCUGUAAAGUGUGUGGCGACCGCAGCUCGGGGAAACACUACGGGGUCUACGCCUGCGACGGCUGCUCGGGGUUUUUCAAACGAAGUAUCCGAAGGAAUAGGACGUAUGUCUGCAAAUCUGGAAACCAGGGAGGCUGCCCGGUGGACAAGACACACAGAAACCAGUGCAGAGCGUGUCGGCUGAAGAAGUGUUUGGAAGUCAACAUGAACAAAGAUGCCGUGCAGCAUGAGCGGGGGCCUCGGACGUCCACCAUCCGCAAGCAGGUGGCCCUCUACUUCCGUGGACACAAGGAAGAGAACGGGGCGGCCGCGCACUUCCCCUCCGCCGCCCUGCCCGCACCGGCAUUCUUCACCGCGGUCACGCAGCUGGAGCCCCACGGUCUGGAGCUGGCCGCCGUGUCCGCCACCCCUGAGCGGCAGACGCUCGUGAGCCUGGCUCAGCCCACGCCCAAGUACCCCCAUGAAGUGAAUGGGACCCCAAUGUAUCUCUAUGAAGUGGCCACAGAGUCAGUGUGUGAAUCAGCUGCCAGGCUUCUGUUUAUGAGCAUCAAGUGGGCUAAGAGUGUGCCAGCUUUCUCCACGCUAUCUUUGCAAGACCAGCUGAUGCUUUUGGAAGAUGCUUGGAGAGAACUGUUUGUUCUAGGAAUAGCACAAUGGGCCAUUCCGGUUGAUGCUAACACUCUACUGGCUGUAUCUGGCAUGAAUGGUGACAACACAGAUUCCCAGAAGCUGAACAAGAUCAUAUCUGAAAUACAGGCUUUACAAGAGGUGGUGGCUCGGUUUAGGCAACUCCGGUUAGAUGCUACUGAAUUUGCCUGUCUAAAAUGCAUCGUCACUUUCAAAGCUGUUCCUACACACAGUGGUUCUGAACUGAGAAGUUUCCGGAAUGCUGCCGCCAUCGCAGCUCUUCAAGACGAGGCUCAGCUAACGCUCAACAGCUACAUCCAUACCAGAUAUCCCACUCAACCCUGUCGCUUUGGAAAACUCCUGUUACUUUUGCCAGCUUUACGUUCUGUUAGUCCAUCAACCAUAGAGGAAGUGUUUUUCAAAAAAACCAUCGGCAACGUGCCAAUUACAAGACUGCUUUCAGAUAUGUACAAAUCCAGUGAUAUCUAAGAUCUCCAAGUCCCCACUUUUCAGGAUGGGAAAGUACCUGAUGAACUGCUACCCAUGGAGAACAAGCCUCAACUAACAAACCCUUCAGGAUGCAUAAACCUGGGCAUGUGUAGCCUUCAGGAAAAAAUGUCCAUUGGCACAAAACAAUGCCAGUAGCUCUGACCUGCUGCCUCACCCGUGGUAGGGCGGCCUGGAAGGAAAGGGGGUGUAAGAGGACUGCCUGAGCAGAGUGGGCUCACUGCUGCAAUGCCCUGGGAGGGGUUGCCGCAGGCCAUGCCUUUCUGCCUCUUACCUGGAACAUCAGGCUGAACUAUCAACAGUGCAAACAGAAGUAGAACUUUCUUUUCCCUUUUAGCACAUGAAGUUGGGUAACCAGAUAUAGCUCUGUGCAUAACAUCGUACAGCAACCUGCAGAACUAUCUUAUGUUGAAGAAUUUAUUUUAAAAAUAAUGGUUAGGUUUUAAAUCAGAAGUUUUAUCAAAAGUUUCCCUUCUAUUGUACUACAUCAUAAAGUGGCCUUCAGAACUGAGUUGAUAAGUGAAAGGUAGCUUAUGCUGUGAGAUUUGCUUUUUCUCUUUUUCCUUUCUCUUUCUUCCUUUCUCCUCCUCUUCCUCCCCCUCCCCCUCCCCAUCCCUUCCUCCUCCCCACUUUCUCUUUCUCCUUCUUCUUAAUACCAUAGGCCAGGCAACCUUGUCAAAGGAACUGGAGGACGAAGAUGAGAUUCUCACAGGACUUCAGGUUGGAUAACAUCUAAAAAUAGAAGAGCUUUACUAAAAGAACACAAGUUGAGGGAGGAUGAAUAAGAACAGCAAAACCAAAUAAAGUGGAGAUGAGUGAUGGAGUGAGGCAUACUGCUGUCCCAUUAACACAGUGGCUGAAACCAAAGGCGAUGGGGGUCCAAACUCGUGUUUCAGCGAGUCACACCAGACAGUGAAAUGACCAGGGACAUGAGGCCAGAAGGAACUUCAAGGAGACGGAUGCUAAAGGGCUUCUUGAUCCAUUGCUACCAGCCUGAGACUCUUCAAUGCCUUUCAGAAAACCGGUUUCUAGUAAAGCUUUGAAUGCCUGCACAUGCACACACACACUUCGUCCUACACUAUAAGCUGCUCCUUUGGUAUGAAUCUCUACUUAUGG